AUGGCACGAACCCGAGUCUGCAAAGCGCGUUCUAGACCUCCCUCUCGCAGCACCAUCACCAGAGUGACUUCGGGACAUGGAUCUACAGUGGAGUCACUCCGUGCAUCGACAGUAUCCGUCGAAGAUAACAAGGAUAAGAGAAGUUACUUGCGCGGCAUCGACGGAGAAGACAGCACCGUCAAGAUCAAGCAAGAAGACAAAGACGAAGAUGUGACAGCAGUAAACGAGACAAGAAAAUCGCCAAAGAGACGAGCUCAAGAAACGAAGGCAAAAGCUCCGGUGGCGAAGAAACACAAAUCCUCCCCGCCUGCUGUCGCCGCUCGUCUCACGCGCUCCAAGACUUUGCCGCACAGGAGAGAAGCGAGUAGUACCCGGUCUGAUAGUGAGUCAGAGAGUGAUAUCGAGACCGACGCACGCACCAAGACGCGCUCCAUCAACUCGCCUCUUCACCUACUACGCCCAUACAUGGCCUUCCAACUCUCCAUCUCCGGUCUUUCGGGCAAAGCAUACAACGCCGCACAAGCAUCGAUGAAGUCCGUCCUCGACGUCGCAGAGAACUUUGAGAAGCAGUGUGGUGGAACGCUUGCAAGGGCACACGACAGCCUCAGCAGUAGCAACAGUGAGGAUUCCGAGAAGCGAGAGUCACCAAACAGACAAAAGCGGGGAGAAGAAAGACAAACAUACAAAGUCGCGAAGCUUGGAGCAAAGAGAGACGACGACGUGUUACCGAGAAAACAGCAGGAACUGAAUGAACAGACGAGGAAGAGACUCGCGCAAGAGCGAAAGGGAAGAGGAAGGACAAGACGAGAUCUGAGCGACGAUGAAGACUCAUCCGCCCCUUCCUCUUCGCCUUCACCUUCCACCACGACCUCCGAAAUGGCAACAGAAAUAGCCAGUGACACCGAGGACGAAGCCAAAUACCCGCCAAUCAAGCAGCUUUCCGUGUCGAGUACGACCUCGAUCUACGACUCGCUCCGCGCAUCGACGACGGAUUCUGGCGAACCUAGCUCGGAAGGCGAAGAAAGCGAUGUGAUUGAACGCCGCGAGAAGAACGCAUUGCGACGGCAGAAAGCAAGGCAGAAGAAGCGGAAUGCGUGGAAGAGGGAAGAGCUAGAGUCGGAGAGCGAUGCAGAAACGGAAGUGGAUAUUGUUGAGAAGAUGGAAGAAGAGAAGAUGCCCGUGUUUACGGAAAGUGACUGUGGGAGGGAAGUCACAGUAGAUUUCUGUCCGAUAGCAUGGUGA